AUCCAGGGGCAAGUGAUAUUGAAAUGCAUAUCUCUGCAGAUCCGGAAAAGGUCUGUGUCUGGGGAAAUGCAUGGCCAGGAAACAUUGUUCUGUGUCUUUAAGCACCCUAUAACCCUAAAGGAGUGAUCUUGUCACUUAAGCCUGACUAGCCAAUCAGGGCCUCCAGACGACCUGCCAGUCAGAAGUGGUGCAGGGUCCUUCCUGCCAGGGGGGCUUCAGGACCGGCUUUGUAGUGGAGCUGGAGCCAGCGGUUUUGUGUGCUGUGCUGCUGGAAACUGAACAAAGAGCUUGGGCAACCUGGGAAACCACGAUAUGGUGAACAAGGGGCUGAUGUCUCCAGAUGGGGAGGAACAGAAGAAUGCAGUGACCUAUGAUGAUGUGUGUAUCGACUUCACUUGGGAAGAGUGGACUUUACUGGAUCCCUCUCAGAAGAAACUCUAUAAAGAUGUGAUGCUAGAGACCUACAGGAAUCUCACUGCUAUAGGAUACAAUUGGGAGAACCAUCAUGUUGAAGAAUAUUAUCAAAGUUCUAGAAGAAAUGCAAGGAAUGAAAAAAGUCAAACUGCAGAGAAACCUUCAGUGAAUACUCAAUGUGUGAAAGCCUUUACACAUGACACCCAUCUUCAAAGGCAUGAAACAACUCAUACUGGAGAGAAACCCUAUGAAUGUAAUCAGUGUGGUAAAGCCUUUGCACGAUGUGGACACCUGCAAAGACAUGAAAGGACACAUACUGGAGAGAAAACCUAUGAAUGUAAUAUGUGUGGUAAAGUCUUUGCUCAUCACAGUACUCUUCGAAGGCAUAAAAUAACCCAUACUGGAGAAAAAUCCUAUGAAUGUAAUCUGUGUGGUAAAGUCUUUGCUCGUCACAGUACUCUUCAAAGGCAUAAAAUAACCCAUACUGGGGAGAAACCCUAUGAUUGUAAUCAGUGUGGUAAAGCUUUUGCUCAUCACAGUACUCUUCGAAGACAUGAAAUAACCCAUACUGGAGAGAAACCCUAUGAAUGUAAUCAGUGUGGUAAAGCCUUUGGACAACGCAGUCAUCUGCAAAUGCAUGAAAGGACACAUACUGGAGAGAAACCCUAUGAAUGUAAUCAGUGUGGUAAAGCCUUUACACAUCCUGGUUAUCUGCAAAUGCGUGAAACAACAGAUGCUGGAGAGAAACCCUAUGAAUGUAAUCGGUGUGGUAAAGCCUUUGCAUGUCAUAGUUGUCUGCAAAUGCAUGAAAGGACACAUGCUGGAGAGGAACCCUAUGAAUGUGAUCAGUGUGGUAAAGCCUUUGCUUAUCACAGUGUUCUUCAAAGGCAUAGAAUAAUCCAUACUGGAGAGAAACCCUAUAAAUGUAAUCAGUGUGGUAAAGCCUUUGCUCAUCACAGUGCUCUUCGAAGGCAUAAAAUUACCCAUACUGGAGAGAAACCCUAUGAAUGUAAACAGUGUGGUAAAACCUUUGGGCAGCGUAGUAAUCUGCAAAUGCAUGAAGAGACACAUACUGGAGAGAAACCCUAUGAAUGUGAUCAGUGUGGAAAAGCCUUUGCUCGCCAUGAUACUCUUCGAAGGCAUAAAAUAACCCAUACUGGAGAGAAACCCUAUGAUUGUGAUCGGUGUGGUAAAGCUUUUGCUCGCCAUGGUACUCUUCAAAGGCAUAAAAUAACCCAUACUGGAGAGAAACCCUAUGAAUGUAAUCAGUGCGGUAAAGUCUUUACUCAUCACAGUACUCUUCAAAGGCAUAAAAUAACCCAUACUGGAAGGAACCCCUAGUGAUGAGGAAUGUUCUGUGUAUGUGUUUGUCUUAUUGGUUGAUGAAUAAAGCAUUGUUGUCCAAUA